UGCUAACAGCCAAGAGACGCAAACAGCUACAGAUGCAGACACGGGUYAAACAUGGUCGUCCGCCUGUUUUAUCGGCUGCGACAAAAGUUUAUAUCCAUGAGUUGAUUAAAACGUUUUAAAGUUAAGGGGUAGUAAUUUCUCGACCUGUGGGAACACCUGGUUUUCACACCUUUGACUCCACUCCUCCCAUCUCCCGGAGCGGUCAUAUAUCACUCUGCAGUGACGUGAUGACAGCGGCCCGCGGAUCAUCCCCGCAGGUAACCAUGCGCAUCAGCCAGGACCCCGCGCGCCUCCAGCUUCCAGAAGGCGAGGAUUUGUGCUCCGCGGACGGCGAGCCGAUGAACGACGCGCGCUCCCCGAGCUCCGGGCCCUCCAGUCCGCUGUCCGUCAACUCGGACUCGAGCUGCGCCAGCCCCGAGGCCAAGUGUGGCCCGGCACCGCAGCGGGUCAGGAGGCCCCUGAACGCCUUCAUCAUCUGGACCAAAGAGGAGCGCAGGCGGCUGGCGCAGCUCAACCCGGAGUUGGAGAACACGGAUUUGAGCAAAAUACUCGGUAAAACAUGGAAGGCCAUGUCCUUGGCUGAGAAGCGUCCCUACAUGCAGGAGGCUGAACGACUGAGGGUCCAGCACACCAURGAUUACCCAAACUACAAGUACAGGCCUCGCAGGAGGAAGCAGAUGAGGAAGAGCUCAAAGCCUCAGGCUGCAGAAACUCCUCCGCUCUGCAGCUCAGGCUUCGGUGUUCCCUGCAACCUCACCUGUCUGCUCCAGAACCAGCAGCAGCCUCACCACAACUCCCUGCCUUUCCCACUUCACAGCAGCUACAGAAACCACUCAGGUUUUCCACCCUCAGCUGCAGCACGCACGGCCCCGAGCAACCCCGGCCUGUACUCAACGCCCUCUGGGCACCAAGCCGGACCUCAGGUGUACUUUGGCUCCCAGUUCGGACACACACAGCAGGGGUUUCCCACUUCUGCAGGGCCGGUCACAGAGGGAGGCGAGUCCAGGGUCUGCGGGCUCCCGCCAUGCCCAUCAGGGCCCUCGCUGGAGUUCUACUUGGAGCAGGUUCAGCUGGACAUGCUGUAUGAUCUGGACCGCAGCGAGUUUGAACAGUACCUCGGUCCGAACUAUUACAAACCUGGGCCAGCAGAGCUCAGCAGCUUCCAUCAGCAGAGCAGCCACAGAGGAGGACACUCAGUAUCAUAAAGCUGCUCACUUUGAUGUAUUUAUUUCAAUCCUGUCAGUGGAUUUCAGCUGAAUGAACGCUACCAUCCAGUAUUGUUAUAAAAUAUUAUAUAACCUCAUUCCAAGGAGUCAGAUUGUGGAAUGUUCUGGAAAAUGAUGUGAAAAGUGUCAAAUCAAAGUACAGGUUCAAGAGAAUGAAAAAGGUUGGAUUGUUGAAAAAAUAUGAAACUGUAUAAGGUCUAAACAUUUAAUUUGUUGUUCUUGAAUAAUUUGAUGUUCGUGUUUUGGUUUGGUAACUAAAGAUUAUUGUUGUUUGAAUUUAUACUUGAGGAAAAAUGGGGCAGAUAUUAUAAGAUUUUGUUCUUCUCUCUGCUUCCUUUCAUUUCGUUGUGUUUGUAUUUUUUAUUUUU